AUGGAGAUUUCGCCGUCGCAGGACUCGGCCCGCCGGGGUGUGCUCCAGGAUGCCAUAUUUCCAGCAUUCGGCAACGAUGCGGGCAGCCCUGGGGCCGAGUCGCCAGAGCAGAUGCAGAAGAACGACCCACUAGGCACGCAGAUAUGGAAACUGUACUCACGAGCAAAGACACAGCUGCCCAAUGCAGAGCGCAUGGAGAAUCUGACAUGGCGAAUGAUGGCCAUGAACAUGCGUCGUGCUGACAUGGAUCGCAAUAAAGGGCCGCCGCCCCGAUCCGCUCCAAGCGGCAUUGCCCAGCAGUUGAGAAAGUCGCAGGAUCAGCAGGCGCAGGUACACCAGCCUGCCCAAGACGCAAUGAACCUGGAUGAUUUUAUAUUUCCUUCGUCGGUUGGCAGUCCUGCAGGCCUAUCGCCCCCAGGGUCGAAUGAGGAUGCGGCUCCAUUUAUUGCAACAGCCCCAGCGAUACCGAUAAGGAAGCCGCAUCUGGCCAGCGACCAUAACCUCUCCCUCGCCCGCGCUUCUGCCCCCUCGGUGCCUCCUGCCAUCAGCAAAGAGGAUGAAUUUGGCUACGUCCCACGACACGUCCGCAAAACCAGCAUCGACGAGCGACGACCACCCAAGCGCCGCGCUGAAGCUUCGCCUCUGGUUCCUCCUGUCAACAGCAUCAUGAUACCCACCGAUGCUCACUCAGAGGCCGACCUGCACCAGUACUCGCUGGACAACAACACCAUGCAGCCGCCUACCUUCCCCGCCUCGCAGGGUCAGGGUGCCUUCUCCCUAGACACCUUUCAGAUGCACGAAGAUCCCGCCGUCCACUCGGCCGGACCCUACCAGCAGAGCUUCUCGGGCUUCUCUCCCGUCGGCUCGCCUCUGAUGAGCCACAACGCAUUCAAUUCAAACAUGUUUAACCACAACUCCAUGGCCUCGUCGCUCAACUCCACCGACUACUAUUCUCCACCCAGCUCCGCCUUCCCCUCCACCGUCUCGACUCCACAACCCAUCUCAGAAGACAGCCAAAUGUACUUUGACCGCAGCGGCAUGGAUAUCCGUACCUCACAGCAUGGUGCUUCCUAUGGACCCCAUCGCCCAUCAAACCUAUCGACGUCGAUGCAACCGCAAUACAUCUUCAACCCUGGGGCUGGUGGUCAAGACUCCGUCUUCAGCCCAGUGACGAGUGCGAGCUCCUCGCUACCAUUCUCAGUGUCAUCCUUUGGUCAAUCAAACCACGUCGAUCCGUCGCAGGUACUUCACAAUAACCUGCCCUUGCGCCAGCAACACGAGCUGCAGAUGGGUCGUCAAGAGAACAUGUUCACCUUUGGCGCCGACUCCGAUGCCGAGGACGACGAAGGAAGCGCCUUCGCCGACCGUACCAUGCCACCACAGGAAUACUCGCACAUGGACGACAGCUCCAUCGACUUCAACACGGGAUACCAGUGGGAGACAAACCUCUCCAACCAAUUCAAUCCCAUGCAAGCGCGCUACCCUGCUGGCCCACCACGCAAGACAGUCACUAUUGGUGGAACCGAAAUGGUUCACUCACCGCAAGAUCAUUGGAGUCCCGGGGGCAGCCUUGGUCGGACCCAUGGCUCGGCGGCUUCUGUAAGCGACAUACGCAAUAGAGGCACCGAUCCACGACGCCAGAAAAUACCCCGCACUAGCUCAACCCCCAAUGCAGCUGGAAUGAUGCAUCAGGGCAUGCACGGCAUCGUGUCAUCUCCAAACUCGCCUCCAGAGUCUGGCUUCAAUUCUGCGGCUCCAUCGCGACCUCAGAGUCCUGGUGGAACAAAGCAAGGCGAAGGUGGUGCUCCGACGACUUGCACGAAUUGCUUUACCCAAACAACGCCGCUGUGGCGCCGUAACCCCGAAGGGCACCCACUUUGCAAUGCAUGCGGCCUGUUUUUGAAGCUGCACGGCGUGGUUCGGCCUUUGUCGCUGAAGACCGAUGUCAUCAAGAAGCGCAAUCGCGGUAGUGGCAACGCACCAGUGGGUACUGCAUCCACGCGCUCGUCAAAGAAAUCUUCUCGUAAGAAUUCCAUUGCACACACACCAGCCACGACGCCCACGUCGCACAAGGCGGCUGAUUCGGAGUCUCCGAAGUCCACCGGCUCAGCUGGCGGAGGCUCCAGUAAUUUGUCUUCUGCUACUACACCGACCUCGUCCAAACCAAACAGUGUAGUUCCCAUUGCUCCGGGCCCACCAAAGUCCAAUAGCUCCGUAACUUUGACCCAAACGCGCGGUGUCGCUGUUGCACCCAAGCGAAACCGUGGUCAGAGCAAGAGCGAGUCACAGGAACUGGAAAUGGCCGACGCGGACGACACUAAUGGAAGGGCGCCGUUGCGCAGAAAAGACACUGCCAUUGCAACUUCCAGUCCCUUUCCAGGACAGAGCCUUGGUGCUCUUCCCAUGGGCGCAAUGGGCCAGGGUCUCCAGUCAUCCGGUCCUGCUGAAUGGGAAUGGCUGACCAUGAGCUUGUGA